CAGCGGCUGCAAUCACAGCAGCAACCCGGGGACACAGAAGCUAAACACGCGGAUGCAUUAUGCUUUAAAUCCGGGGUUUCCACUGUCUCUGGAAACUUUCUCUUUUCACACAUCCUCUGACCGGAUCUCUGCCAUCUCUAACCCGGAGAGUGGACAUCAUCACCGGGUGGGUUUCUGCAGAUUUCCACCAGAUAAUACACCUUACAACUCGGACUGAGCAUCUGAAGAGAAGAUCGUGAUUAUCCCAAUCUCAUGGCUUCCCCUUGACGGACGGUUCCUCCUCUGACUGGGAAUCCCCUGUUUUCUCCAUGGUUUUCCAAACAAACUGGAUAUAAUACCCCCGUCAGCAGCAUGGCAUUGUCUCCAGACGCCCCCUGCCUCUCGGAGCUUUCCGGAUUCCCCAACAGGAACUUUAGCCUCAUCUCCGGUACCCAUCCGUGUAACCGGAGUACAGGCAGAGCUUCUACUUCUUCUUCUUCUUCGCCCUACAGCCCGCAGGCGACCGCUGCCUUCGCCAUCGCCAUCACCUCCAUGAUGCUCCUCACCAUCGUGGGGAACAUCCUCGUCAUCAUCGCCGUCCUGACGUCUCGUUCGCUCAAAGGUCCUCAGAACCUCUUCCUGGUGUCGCUGGCGGCGGCAGAUAUUCUGGUCGCGACGCUCAUCAUCCCGUUCUCGUUAGCCAACGAGCUGCAGGGCUACUGGGCGUUCAGCUCUGUGUGGUGUGAAAUCUACCUGGCGCUGGACGUCCUCUUCUGCACGUCCUCCAUUGUUCACCUGUGCGCGAUAGCACUGGACCGCUACCUGUCGAUAUCUCGCCCCGUGACGUACGGCGCCAAAAGAACUCCGACGCGAAUCAAAGCGGCCAUUAUUAUAGUCUGGCUGAUCUCCGCGGUCAUCUCUUUCCCGCCUCUUCUCUCUCUGGACAAGAGCAAAGGAGGUGAAGAAGUCUGCGAGCUGAACAACGAGCGAUGGUAUAUUCUCUACUCCACCAUCGGGUCAUUCUUCGCUCCCUGUGUGAUUAUGAUCCUGGUUUACGUGCGGAUUUAUCAGAUCGCAAAGCAGCAUACUCGAAGUUCGGCAGGACAGAAGCAAAAGGCGACAACGGGAGAAAACGCCAAUGAGAGUCCGGCGAAGAUAUCCGAGCAGAACGGGGAUCAAGGAGGCAGCCAACGGGAAAAAGUCCAAGCUAAAAUCUCUGGCUCUGAUUCAAACCAGUCGUCUUUUCGAAACCCUCCAGAGAAUAUGCCAAUCCAAGGCACUGCAAUCCCCCAAAUCCCCCAAAUCCCCCAAAUCCCCCAAAUCCCCCAAAUCCCUUCAGCUGUUCCCCAGAAAGAGUCCCAGAAACAUCGAGAGGAAGAAGAAGCAGCGUUCGAGAACUCGUCCAACUCUGGUUCUGAAAUGGCCGAUGAAGGCAAAGACGAAACGGACAAAUCGGAAACUUUAGGGUCGUCCCGAAAGAAAGGGUUCAAAGUCAAGAUGCUAAACCUGUCCUGUAGGUACAAAGAAACAAUGGCCUCUUCUUCUUCUGGCACCAAAGUUGUACCCGACGAAAAAAUCCAAGGGACGCCGACUUCUCGCCGCAAAGCCAUGGCGAACCGGGAAAAACGCUUCACUUUCGUGUUGGCGGUGGUGAUGGGAGGCUUCGUUAUCUGCUGGUUCCCCUUCUUCUUCUCUUACUCUUUGAAGGCGGUGUGCCCGGAGACCUGCAGCAUCCCAUACCCUUUGUUUAAUUUCUUCUUCUGGAUCGGAUACUGCAACUCCUGCCUCAACCCGGUCAUUUACACCAUCUUCAACCACGACUUCAGGAAGGCCUUCAAGAGGAUACUGUGCAGGGACACCAAGGGCACGUUCUUCUAGACUGGAAAUUAGGAUUUAUUGACUAUAAACAGUAUUGAUAUAAACACUUGCACACCAUUUACAUGCACUGAAACCUAUAGAACACACUACAGGAGAACAGACACUCUUUAAGCGAAAGUGGUGAAGGUACGGAUCAUCUCAAGUUAGUUUUUUCAAACUGUUUUCAUUUUGUCCUUUGGAAUAUUUUUACAUAUAUUUUUCCGUCAAUUUCUGAGAUAUUUUCCUUCUUUGGGAAAAUGUCUUCUGUGUUUUCCAGAUUUCAUUACAAUAUGUUUUGAAUGUUUUGUUUCGGGCCUCUUUAAGCGAAAGUGGUGAAGGUACUCAUCAUCUCAAGUUUUCAUUUAUGCCUUCGGAACUAUUUAACAUCAUUUUCCCAAAUCUUUUUCAAAUCUUUUUGUCGAUUUCUCCCAUACUUUUUUGGGACCUUUUCUCGUGUGUUUUUCAGACUUCAUUCCCAAAUGUCACCAUAUUCAACCACAACUUCAGGAAGGCCUUCAAUACCAUUUACAUGCACUAAAACCUAUAGAACAGACUACAGGAGAAUAUAAACUCUUUGGUAAAGUUACGUAAAGUUACGGAUCAUCUCAAGUUUGUUUUUUCCGACGGUUUACCGGAACUUUUUAACAUUUCUUCCACAUAUUUUUUGUCAAUUUCUCAGAUAUUUAUGGUAAAUGUUCUCCUGUGUUUUUCAAACUUCAUUCCAAUAUUUUUCACAAAUUAAAAGUAUUUAUAGGUUGCACUGAUUGUACCUCAUGUACACUCUGUUCAAUCAGGAUCCUCAUACUGAAUAUCUCAUAGUACCUACUCUUUCCAUGUAUUCUUUGGAACCUUUUAACAUAUUUUUUGUCAACUUCUCAGAUAUUUUCCACAUAUUUUCGGGACGUUUUCUUUUUUCAACCCGGUCGUUUAAACCAACUUCAACCACGACUCCAGGAAAGCCUUCAAGAGUAAACUGUGCCGGGAAUUAGGUUUCGUACCGAAGGAUUUAUUUACUUCUGCAGUCGUUGGGAUUGACCUUGUUCAUAAUAGACAUAAACACUUAUACAUUAAGGAGGAGAUUGUCUCUCCUUCUCGUCUGAAGGAACAAAGAGGGGAAGUUUCUGAAAGCCACAGUCAAGUGGCCGAAUCAAUUAUCUUUAAUGUUAUUUAAGAAUACGCUGUAAUCAAAUAUUCAAUGACUCUGAAGAACGAUGAUUUGAUUAUGUUUUCAUACGGAAGUCAAAAGGAUACAGGGCCUGUGUUCAGUAAUUUAAAAUGUGUGUUUGUUUGUGUGUGUGUGUGUGUGUGUUUGUGUGUGUGUGUGUGUGUGUGUGUGUGUGUUGUGUGUGUGUGUGCAUGGGGAUAAAGAGGACGGUCGCCUAAGGGUCUCACUGGCAGAGAACAAAUAUCACUAAGUGUCCUUUAUCUCAGAUAAAACGGGCACUCAAGGAACAGCAGAGCAGGGACAAAGUGAGCAUCCUCCUCUCGGUGCUGUUUCUUUCUCGCUCCCUUCCUCCAUGUAAAGCUGAAACGUGGGAAGUGUGCAUUAAGACGGAUAGAUGUUUUACGCCCACGUCUCCGCGAUGCUACACCUCUCUCUGGGAGUUUAUCAUUAAGGGGAAACGGCCCGAGGCUUUGUGGGGAGGAGAGCAGGAGAAUCUGCAGAGGCUGCAGGAAAGAUGGAUGCGUUACAUGUGGAGCCGUUUCCUUCCAUCCUCAUUAUGUGUUUAUAUUCAGUCCUAUAAAGUAAGCAUGGUGCAGGGAGGCGGUGCAAAGUACUUUGACUUGAGUACUACUUUUGGUACUUGAUCUAUAUAUAUUAUUUAUUCUACUAUUUCAAUAGACAAAUCCGAUUAAUCCAACAUUAGUAGAAGCAGGAGGGCAGAAAGCAAAGUGUAUACAUCCAGUUGCAGGAUCAAUUAAUAAAGAUAAAUAUGUAAUUAAAUACAGAUAAACACAAUGCUCUAUACACACACAUAUGUACACAUAAUGUGUGUGCACCCAUUUCCAGGGUGAAAAGAAAAGAAAAAAGUCCAUGUUCAGAUGUAAGGACAGUUUCAUUUCUCAUCUUAUUUUUGUAUAAACUAUGAAAAUUAAAAUAAUAAUCGUUGUUAUUAUUAUUUGCAAACAAAGCAGGGAAAAUGUA